UCUUUUUUAAAUCAACCAAUCCUCCUGAGAAGUGAUAUUGACUGACAAGAAAGACAAAACGGAUGAUCAUUUUCUGUUUUGUCUUAAACAACCUAGACAUCAGCUUUGGUGAACAGGGAGUGGAGAAACAUGUCAGGGAGUUAACGUUUUUGACAAGCAGAGUUUUUUCAUGUUGUGAGGAAAAUUGAGAGUGAUGGUUGGAGGACAUGGAGGGGGGUUGGGGUAUGCCUAGCCUGAACACCCCGGUUGGUAAUAUAUGCAACCCUAUUGUAUUGAAUCAAUGCACCAUGGAUUAAUGGGGGCUAGAAGGAGCAGGAGGCUACAAUGGGGAGGCUGCAAAAUGAGAUCUUCUGCCUCGUGGUAAGAAACAGUAUGAAACAAAGUGAAGAACCAGCAGCACCAUUCAGACUCUUAUCCAAGGGCAACAAAGUGUUUUCAAAGUUCAUAUCUUGGUUGUCAUUCCUUUGUUAUUUUUCCUCUACCAACUGCAAAUAAGGACCCAAGGACAGACAAAUGAGAGUUUUUUUUUUUCCUUAACAGGCAGAUAUACACAGGCAGCAAAAGAAUCUUCUGCUUCACAGGUUGCGGUGUUGCCGUGUGCACUCUGAUUUGUUGUGGUUCUGUAUCGUUUCAUCUCUCUACAAAAGUUUGGUAUCAAGAAAAAGCCAGAACACUGCAAAACAUCCUCCCUGAACUAAGAUCCAGUCACUUUUUUGGAGAAUGGAUAAUUUGCUAAGUGUCUGUCUGAAUUUUGAGUCUUGCGUCUAGACCUUCUUGCCUACUGACUCAUUAUGUCACAAGAUAGAGGAACCUGCUGCAGACGUGAGAGACAGAUGUCCUGGUCCUUGUUAUGUCUUCUGUUCCUCGUGUCACCAUGCAUGGGGUUCUUUCCCAACUUCUGGUCCAAAGUUUUGAUUCUGUCCUUUGACUCAUACACACACCAGUCCAUCACAGAACAGGCCAUCAUCAAAGUUUCUCUGGAGGUCCUGAGGGACACCACAAAACAGCACGACCUCCAAGGAGAGAAAAAUAUUUACCUUGGCCGUGGAUUCUGGAGAGCCGUGAGAGAUGUGGUGAACUCUAAUGCAGACAUGGACCUUAAGAGUGGCACUGCAGCUAACCCAGUUUACCACUUUGACUCAGAAAGAAUUGACGACUCUAUUGCGAAGCUUCGGGAGUUCUGGACUCAGAUUAUUCUCUCAGUACGAGCCAAAGAGUACGCAAGUGCCCGUCACAGCUUGGGCCAGUUGUCCCAUGCCUUACAGGAUUUCUACAGUCAUAGUAACUGGGUGGAGAUGGGCAAAAAAUCAAUUUACCUGCAUCUCCUGCAGCCAGAUGAGCCUGCUUUUCCUUUAGCUAAAGAAGAUACACCGACCUGUAAGGACUGCUUCACUCCUACCUGCAGAAACAAUCUCCUACUGUCUCUGAAAAACUCAAACCUGCUCACCACCGGGUACACCAGCAGCUCUUUUCCCUUUAAGCCUAAAGGCAAAUGUAGCCAUGGAGGCAUUUUUGACAAAAGUAGACUUCUGAGCGCCAGAGGGGGGAUCAACAAAGACACCAACUCAUUUUUCUUCUCCCCUCACCAUUACCUCCAUGUGGAAGCUGCAGGUUUGGCUGCCAUAGCUACCCAGACUGCCCUGAGAGAUCUUAAAGACACUGUGGGCCCCAAGGCCUUCCUCAAGCUCUUCAGCGUGAGGCAGGCUCCAGCUUUGGUGUUUGUCAUGGACACCACAGGCAGCAUGUUUGAGGAGAUCACCGCCGCCCGACUCAGGGCUCACUCCAUCAUCCAGAGCCGAGCCAGCCGAGCAGAGCAGCCUGGCACCUUUCUGCUUGUGCCCUUCCAUGAUCCAGAAUUUGGACCAGUUUAUGAAGCUGAUGAUCCAAACCAGUUCAUGCAGCACAUGGAGGCCCUGAUGGCUCUGGGAGGAGGAGAUGAACCAGAAAUGUGUUUUUCUGCCAUUCAGCUGGCCCUCACUCACAGCCCACCAGAGUCUGAAAUCUUUGUGUUCACUGACGCUUCUCCCAAAGACGCUUAUCUCUUUGACGCUGUGAAGGCGCUCGCGCUUGAGAAACGGAGCAAGAUAACAUUUCUCCUCACUGAAGAGCAGACACCGAAACGGAGUAGGAGGAAGAGGAGCAGUAAGAAACCUCUGUCCCCCGAUCGUUUCUCUCUCUACUCCUCCCUGUCGGUCGCGUCAGGAGGAAUGGCCGUAUUCACCACCAACUCUGACAUUCACAAGGUCUCCACCAUAGUGGAGGACAACACUGCUGUGGACAAGGUGACCCUCCUCCGUGCAAAAAGUGAUCCAGAGUUAAUGUCUGUGCAUUCCUUCAGAGUUGACAGCUCAGUAAAAAACAUCAUCCUACACAUAACGGGCACCAUGACUGAGUGUAUCCUCACCAGUCCGUCAGACAAAAGACAAUCUAUAUUGAGGGAGCAAGGCCAUCUAGCAGAGUUGGAGCACUUCCAGGGUUUGUAUCGUAUCAAACUCUUGCCUCCUGUUCAGGCUGGUGAAUGGAAGCUGCAAGCCAAGAGUGACGAUCCCCUAACCUUCACUGUGAUAGGUGACAGCAGUGUAGACUUCCUGUACUACUUUGCCACUGUGACUAAUGAUACACACCCAGGUCUGGCCAGAGUGGAGGGCAGUCCUGUGGCAGGUGCCCCAGCUUUCCUGGUGCUCACAGUGACAGGCCAAUCUCAAAAAGGGUUGUUUUAUGCGACUCUGCUUGGUGCUGAAGGAGAGAGUCUUCAGGAGGUGAAGCUGAAUCAGUCUUCGUCUGCACCCACCCACGGCUUGGAGGAGCUUGUGGGCUUCGUGGACCACGUCCCCACAGUUCCCUUCAGUGUUCAACUUGCAGGCUCGGACAGCAGAGGGAACAAGCUGGAGAGAGUUUCCACAGAGAAGAUUCAGCCCAGUCACGUUCAGAUAAAGAUGAUGUUGACCCCCCAGCUCGUACCAGGCCACCUCACAGUGGUGAUCUUCACCAUCUACAACCACGGUCCUGCUCAACUUUUUAAUCUAACAGCCGAUGAUGACUGUGGUUAUCUCCUGACGAGGGGGCCACACGGGUUGUUCGUUGAGGAACAAGACUCUUUUGAUGCAGAGGUGAGCCUCCUCACUCCUGCCACGGCUCAGGCUGGAGCGACUGUGACGCUCACGCUCACUGUUCACGCACUGAACUCACUGGAAUCAAACUAUGCAGUGACAUUUUUAACUGUGGUCCCUUUGGAUGCUGACAGAUCUCCACCGUCUUGCUCUGCUGCACGGAUCCACUCUGACUGUUCGGCGGAUUGCACCAAGUCCAGCUGGAGAGUGUCUGUAGUCGUGUCUGAUGAUGUCCACUCUGGCCUCGCUGCCCUUCAGAUGCAGAAAGGCGACGGUGUUUUGACAGUUUUCCGCAACCCACCAUCCACGGAGGACAGCUUUGAGGAGACCCUGCCCGACCUGGAGCAUCAACACCCACACAAAAACAAAACAACCGGCCACCAUCAGCAUCACCACCACAGAGCCAGGUUACGGACGGGGGAGCCCCUUCUGAAUGUGUCUGAGUGGAGACUGGGUUCAUCGCAGCCCCUGUGGGUCGUGUACACGUCCAGCUGCUGCUCAGCUCAAGCUGAGCUGCUGGUGUGGGACAAAGCUGGAAAUAUGAAGCGCUGCAUUCUGACAUCUGACCAGCAGAGGCUACAGAGUGACACGACCACAGAAACCAGUGGAACUGGACGAGCAGCACUGACAAGCGUCGUUUUCCUGCUGGUGGGCCUGCUGUGGUCUCCACUGAUGUAGAUCUAUGUAAUUACAAAUGUUUUGCUCCUAACUUCAUAUAACCUGUUAGAGAAAAGUAUAACAGGAAGUGCACUUAAUUCAAAUAAAUGCUGAUCAUGCUUUAAUGUGGAACUACUAAUUAUAAAAUGCACCAGAGCACCAAAUGACAACUUUCCUAAUAGGUUAUGAAAAAAAAAUUAUGUUAAAAGUAAUAGAUGGUACAUUUUGGUGAGAAAAGUGUAGGGUAGCACUGAAAUGUUCAUAGCAGGAAGAUGAAAAAGG